GAAUUUGAAUGCGUGUUUCCUUAAAAUAUGGCUUUGAAUUUUCGUAUCCCCAUUUUUUAUUAGACUAAAUAAAUUUACUUAUAAAAAAUAAUUCAACCGUUCAAGAAAAUAAAUUUGUACUAGCAUAUUGGCAAAAGAAAAGUGUUUUUUCAUAACAAAAAUUGUUUCCUUUUUGUAUAAAUCCAUUUGGAAAUUGUUUUCUACAGCUAUUUAUUUAUUUAUUGAUUUAUUUAUUAUACUAUAAAAAAGUAUAGUUUCAAUAUAUAUGUCGUUAUGGUCAAGUGUUCAAAUAUAGCAAUAAACCCGAAAAUGAAAAUGAAAUGAUUUAAUUUAUAUUGUUUAAUUUUCCAUUUGAAGUGUUGAUGAUGAUGAAUGAUUUUUCUCUCGUCAUUUGCAAUUUUUGAUAUAAAUCCAGAAAUAAGGAAAUAAUUGGUCCGCGUUGUUUUGCGCCAAUCACUAGCAAAAUUCACAGUCAAACACUUAAACUACACGUGUUUUUCGCUCACGCGCCACCGCAUCGGCGGCCGCCUCCGUCAUGGAGAGGGUGAGCCACUCCUCUCCCAGCGCCGGCGACCUCUCCUCCUUCGCCGCCACCGCCAGCCGCCCCGUGAAAAUCAUCCAAUUGCAGCAUCCCACCGCCGCCAGCUCCAGCUCCUCCGCCGCGCCGCCGUCGUCGUAUUUCUGGAAAUGGAGAGCGAGGAUGAAGCGGAUGACCUGGACGGACUGGAUUGAGCUGUUCCUUCCCUGCUACCGUUGGAUUAGCAGAUACAAAUGGCGCGAAUAUCUGCAGCCCGACCUCAUGGCCGGAAUCACCGUCGGCGUCAUGCUCGUUCCUCAGUCCAUGUCGUAUGCAAAGCUAGCUGGCCUUCACCCUAUUUAUGGACUUUACUCUGGUUUUGUGCCUAUAUUUGUGUAUGCUGUUUUCGGGUCGUCUCGUCAGCUUGCUAUUGGUCCUGUUGCAUUGACGUCCCUCCUGGUUUCUAAUGUAUUGGGGAAAAUAGUAAACCCAGAAGAUCCGUUGUACACAGAGCUUGCCAUACUAUUGGCACUUAUGGUUGGAAUUUUUGAAUGCAUCAUGGGGCUUUUAAGGCUUGGAUGGCUUCUCCGAUUCAUCAGCCAUUCUGUGAUUUCUGGUUUUACUACCGCUUCAGCCAUUAUAAUUGCCUUGUCUCAGGCAAAAGAUUUCUUGGGAUACAGUGUUGUGCGAAGCAGCGAGAUUAUUCCACUGGUGAAGAGCAUUAUUGCAGGGGCAGAUCAGUUCUUGUGGCAACCUUUUCUCAUGGGCUCCAUCACAUUGGCAGUUCUUCUGAUCAUGAAGCACUUGGGAAAAACUAGGAAAUCGUUGCGUUUUUUGCGAGCUUCUGGUCCCCUUACAGCUGUAGUUUUGGGCACCAUUUUUGUGCAUGUAUUUAGUCCAUCUUCAAUAUCUUUGGUAGGUGAAAUACCACAGGGCCUGCCAGAAUUUUCCAUCCCAAAGAAAUUUGAGUAUGCUGAAUCUUUGAUUCCUACAACGAUUCUCAUUACUGGCGUGGCUAUUUUGGAGUCUGUGGGAAUUGCUAAAGCACUUGCAGCAAAGAAUGGUUACGACUUGGAUUCCAAUCAAGAGUUAUUUGGUCUUGGUGUGGCAAACAUUGUUGGUUCUUUCUUCUCUAUUUACCCUACAACUGGAUCAUUUUCCAGAUCAGCUGUGAAUCAUGAAAGUGGAGCCAAAACUGGCUUAUCUGGAGUAAUUAUGGGAAUUAUAAUGGGAUGUGCGCUUCAAUUCCUGACUCCAUUGUUUGAAUACAUACCACAGUGUGGUCUAGCCGCCAUUGUCAUUUCUGCUGUUAUUGGACUGGUGGAUUAUGAUGAAGCUACUUUCUUAUGGAGGGUGGAUAAAAGAGACUUUCUCCUCUGGACCAUUACAUUCAUCUUUACCUUGUUCCUUGGCAUAGAGAUCGGCGUCCUUCUUGGUGUUGGUGUUUCACUUGCAUUUGUCAUCCAUGAAUCAGCUAAUCCACAUAUUGCCGUCUUGGGCCGUUUACCUGGCACAACUGUAUAUAGAAACACGCAGCAGUAUCCUGAAGCUUAUACAUACAACGGAAUUGUGAUUGUUCGCGUUGAUGCUCCAAUCUAUUUUGCCAAUAUAAGCUACAUCAAAGACAGGCUCCGAGAAUACGAGACUGUAGUUGAUGGACCUAUAAGGCGAGGCCCUGAGGUCGCAGGAAUUCAUUUUGUCAUUCUUGAGAUGGCUCCUGUCACUUACAUAGACUCUAGCGCUGUUCAAGCUCUAAAAGACUUGUACCACGAAUACAGAUCACGUAACAUCCAGAUAGCUGUUUCCAAUCCGAAUCGAGACGUUCUGCUGACUCUAACAAGAGCCGAGGUGGUCGAUCUAAUAGGCCGAGAAUGGUUCUUCGUUCGCGUGCACGAUGCAGUCCAAGUAUGUCUACAGCAUGUGCAAAGCUUAACCGAUUCUUCCAUGAGCCAAUCUCCAUUGCUAGAGAAGAAAUCAAGCCUCUUCAAUCGACUGCUGAAACAGAGAUCAGAAGAAGCAGCCCUGUCUCAGUUGGAGUCGGGAAAUCGGGAGAUCUCCGCCUCGAGAGACGACGCCGGCCAUCUGGAGCCACUGCUGUCAAAGAAGACCUGAGAACAACAGUGAUGGUGGUGCCAUUGUCUGGUAAGAUUGUAUGGCAAAUGUAUGUAAAAUUUUGUGUCCAAUUCUUUGCAUAUAGAUAUAUUGGUUUGAAUGUGUUUAUUUGUUUCAACCUACUCUUUGAGUUAUAUUGUAAUAUGAUUCUAAAAAAAAGAGGAACAUGUCAAGUGCAUUUAUUAUAUAUAUAUUUUUAUUCUAUAUUA